ACCAACUGAUUUUUGAAAGUCAAAUUGUCUUAUGGUCACUUGCAUUUUUUAGGCUUGGCAAUAUCUUUUGAGUAUAACCAUUGUGCUAAGAAUAAGAGCGUAGAAAAGAAACAAAAAUCCAUUUUGCAAUCUGUCGUGACUGUGCCUUGGUUGUGGAGAAAGUUAAAAAGUAAUGAUUAAAAUGAGAUUUUUGUGUCUGGUGGGUUUUGCUUUUCUAAACUCCCCAGUCGCCCAUCAGCUUGGCUAGUCCUCAGCGAAGGAGCCCUGGUGGCGCAACGGUUAGUUGCUUGGCUGCCAACUGAAAGGCAGGUGGUUCCAACCUAUCAGCAGCUCUGCAGGAGAAAGACCUGGCAAUCUGCUUCCAUAAAGAUUAAACCAAAACAAAAACCAAACCUGUUGCCAUCAAGUCAAUAUUGACUCAUAGUGACCCUAUAGGACAGAGUAGAACUGCCCCAUAGGGUUUCCAAGACUGUACUCUUUAUGGCAGCAGACUGCCACAUCUUUCUCCUGUAGAGCUGCUGGUGGGUUCGAACUGCUGACUUUUCAGUUAGCAGCCGAGUGCUUAACCACUGUACUACCAGGGCUCCUUCUGUAAAGAUUACAGCCUAGAAGACCCUAUGGGGCAGUUCUGCUGUGUCCCAUGGGGUCGGUAUUAAUUGAAAUCAACUCGACAGCACCUCACAACAACAUUGCUUAAGUUGCAGUGCCCCUACCUCCAACUUCUUGUAUUUUGAAUUUUAGUGGUUUUGCCUUUCUUCCUUAUUUUUGGCCUAUUUCCUUACUAGUCUUUCUUCCAGAUAUUGCUUUGGCUACAGAAUAUUGGGGAAUGGGUGGUUUUCUUUGGAAUCAAUGUGAAUUUGGGUGUGAAUUUUUCUCUUUUCAUCCUCAUAGGUCUGAAUGUGGCACUAGCUGGUGUUGCUCCACUUUGACCUAAAAAUUCACUUCUGUUUGGGAGGCAGGGAUCAUCCUUGGAAAGUUCUUUUGUGUCCCGAUAUAGAAGAGAGAGCAGAUUGGGCAUUUGGAAGGUGAGGGCUGCCUUUGAGAAAGGAGUUCCUGGACUCCUUGGACUCCUCACCUCCAGGAUGAGCACUGCAGUGUCGUGACCCUCGGGGUUUUGUGUGCCCUGGAGAUGCGAGAUUUUCCUUUGGCAGUAGGAGGCACACACCCAGAGAAUGCUGGAGCUGCAAGGGGAAAGGACCCACUUCCACAGCAGAGAAAAACAAAGAGGAAAAAGGCAUACAGGCGGCCAGCACUAAGGGACGUGCCCAGAAAGCAGUGGCCCACUGCCACUGCCCUGAGCAGCUUUGCCUGCUGCAGCCCGAGAGGAACUCGGUGA